GCAGAAAUGUAUGCACGAUAACCCCGCUUGUGUAAGAUUAUAUAUUCAAAUCUGUAUGAGUUAGAUUCUAAAGCGAACAUGGUAAAAAGUAAGACGUUUUGACGGCUAAGGAAGGUGACAGUACCGGCUUUUGCCUGGCGUCAGUGAAGCAGUAAUCCCCCCGGUUUCUGAGGAAAUGGACUCUUCCAAGUACCUGCUUCGCGUCGUUGUUUGAUUGGGAGAGCUGCCAGGUCAAGCAGACGAAACCAGGAAGUCAUGGCACUGUCUCCAACGCGUGUUUUGCAGUUAUGUUUGGUGUCUUUGCUUGUAAUUGCAGAAUGCUUUGCGAAGAACAAAGACCAAGUUCAAAUUGUUGUCGAGAGGAUGCCAGAGGACUGUCCCCAGGUGGCAGGAGAUGGAGACCAAGUGACAGUACAUUACACUGGCUACCUAGAAUCUGGAGCAGUGUUUGAUUCAUCUGUCCAACAGAAAAGAGAUCCAAUAGCAUUUGUCCUGGGGAGCCAUCAGGUUAUUCCAGGCUGGGAAGAAGGACUUCAAGGGAUGUGUGUUGGUGAGAAGAGGAAAUUAGUCAUACCACCAAAUCUGGCUUAUGGGCCCAAGGGUCAUCCACCUGUCAUACCACCUGAUGCCACUCUGACCUUCGAGACUGAGCUAAUAAGUCUGAAGAAGAAGUCCGCAGAUGAGUCCAUUCUGAAAACACUCCAGUUCUUGGCAAUGCCAGCUCUGGUGGUUUAUGUUCUGUAUUACCUCUAUGACAAGUACAAGAAGGAGACCGCACAAAAUACGUCUAAAAGUGACAAACCUAAAGGAAAGAAGAGGAGGUGAUGUUUUUUUAACAAAAAUAAAAUGUGUAUUUUUAUACAUUUUAA